AGGGGCGGAGCCAGAGAGAGCACGCCCGGGAGCCGACUGGAGUUCAGGCUGAGGGAGAGGAGGGGGCUCAGGCGAUGGUGGCGGCGCUGCGGUAUCUAGGGGGGCCCUGCAGAGGGGCCCGCGGGGCUCUCCGCGGGGGCUUCCCCAGGGCGUGCGGGCCAGCGUGGCGGAGGCCCUGGUCGCUGUGCAGAGGUGACCGUAGCGCCAGCACCAGCUCAUUUGAUGUAGUCAUUGUCGGAGGUGGAAUUGUGGGCCUUGCCUCUGCCAGAGCACUCAUCCUGCGACAUCCGGCACUUUCGAUUGGUGUUGUGGAAAAAGAGAAAGACUUGGCUGUUCACCAGACUGGACAUAACAGUGGGGUCAUUCAUAGUGGAAUUUAUUAUAAACCCGAAUCUCUGAAAGCUAAGUUAUGUGUGCAGGGUGCAGCCCUCUUGUAUGAGUACUGUAACCAAAAGGGAAUUUCCUACAAGCAAUGUGGCAAGCUUAUAGUAGCCGUUGAACAAGAAGAAAUUCCCAGACUUCAGGCCCUGUAUGAGAGAGGCCUGCAGAAUGGUGUCCAGGGCCUGAGGCUGAUCCAGCAGGAAGAUAUAAAGAAGAAGGAGCCAUAUUGCAGGGGUCUAAUGGCCGUAGAUUGUCCAUACACUGGCAUUGUGGACUAUCGGCAGGUUGCUUUGUCCUUUGCCAAGGAUUUCCAACAAGCAGGUGGUUCUAUCUUAACCAAUUUUGAAGUAAAUGAUAUUGAAAUGGCUAAAGAAAGCCCUUCGAGAAGUAAAGAUGGGAUGAAAUAUCCAAUUGUUAUAAAGAAUACAAAGGGAGAGGAAGUUCGGAGUCAGUAUGUUGUGACAUGUGCGGGACUUUACUCAGACCGCAUUUCCGAGUUGAGUGGCUGCAAUCCUGAUCCUCGCAUUGUACCAUUCCGGGGAGAUUAUCUGCUGCUGAAGCCAGAAAAAUGCUAUCUUGUAAAAGGGAACAUUUAUCCGGUGCCAGAUAGCCGGUUUCCUUUCCUAGGAGUCCACUUCACACCAAGGAUGGACGGCAGCAUUUGGCUAGGACCUAAUGCAAUUCUUGCCUUUAAACGGGAAGGUUAUAGACCCUUUGAUUUCAAUGCCAGAGAUGUUAUGGAUAUAAUUGUCAAUAGUGGCUUGUUUAAGCUGGUGUUCCAGAAUUUUUCCUAUGGAGUUAGUGAAAUGUAUAAAGCCUGUUUUCUUGGUGUAACAGUGAAGCACCUUCAGAAGUUCAUCCCUGAAAUUACCAUCGGUGAUAUCCUCAGAGGUCCUGCUGGAGUGCGUGCCCAGGCCCUGGACAGAGAUGGAAAUCUGGUAGAAGAUUUUGUAUUUGAUGGAGGAGUUGGGGAUAUUGGAAAUCGCAUUCUUCAUGUGAGAAAUGCACCUUCCCCUGCUGCCACUUCUUCCCUUGCAAUCUCUGAAAUGAUUGCAGAUGAAGUGCAGCAAAGAUUUGAAUUAUAAAUCAUGAAAGGAGCCAGUUGUGUGAUGACUCGGUGAGAAGGAUGUGCAUUUUGGUUGACAGGCAAAACUUCUGUUUGCUGCCUUUUCCCUUCACUUCGAGACUUGACGAUCACCCUGACUGAGCUACCUCAUCCAUUAAUCUGGAAGGACAUUCGUCAGCUUAUGUUCAAGAAGCAGCACAUCCCAGGUGGACAGCACAGGCAGUUACUACUCAACACUGGGGAUGGACACACUGAAAACACUCAAGUCACUCACAGAAGCAGCAAACCCUACCGGUUCUUCAUAAUAAAACUCAUUCUUGCAAGAACUACAACACAGGGAUUAUUUGUUUUGUUCCAUUACAAGGCAACCAAGUAGAGAUUAUUGUAAUUCUAUUUCAUCAGCAGUAAAAUUGCAUACACAUCAUACUAUGAGAGACUGAAAUUACAAAAAUAACUGUUGUAAUUGAUGCAAUCCUCAUUCCCUGUGAGUCUGUGUUAUACUCACAAGAAAUACAAGUGAAAAAUUUUUGAAAAUGUUUUGAAUUAUGUAGGUUAUUAUGUUUGUAAAACAUUUGAUAUUUGUAUCAAUAGGGCUUUGUUGUUUAAUACUGAUAUGAUAUUUAAAAGUUUUGUGUAUUUCUGAGAGGAAAUGUAUAUUAAUAUUAAAAAUAUUUUAAUGAG